ACCCGGAAGCCAGCGGUGACAUCACUCCAGAAUUCCCCUUCAGCGCGACGAAGGAGAGCGAAACAGACAAGAAACUAACUAACUAACAACACAAAGGGAGUUCGCUGCUGCCUGAGUUUCAGAAGUUGUUCUUACGACUUCUAAAGCAACACGUCAAGGAUGUCCCUGUAUCCGUCCCUCGAGGACCUGAAGGUCGACAAGGUCAUCAAGGCCCAGGCUCAGUUUGCCCCGCCCGGCCCCCCCAUGCCGGCCCUCACCGAGGGGGACUACCAGCCCCAGCUCGCCACCGCCGGGACGCCGGGGUCAAGCCUGUACCCGGACCUGGAGGAGAUGGGAGACUACAUGGGCCUGGUCCUGAACAGCGAGGAGGUCCAGAGGAACCUGGCUCUGGUGCCGCUGGCCGACAGCCAGGUGGCGUUGCCCUCCCUCUCGGGCGUGGGGGCGAUGGUGCGGCCUGUGACGGGGGCUGACGUGGGCAUCAGGAGGGCGGAGAUCCGUCCGGGUCUGAGGGAGAUCAUCGUCUGCAAGGACCAGGAGGGGAAGGUCGGCCUCCGGCUGAGGGCCAUCGACAACGGCGUGUUCAUCCAGCUGGUGCAGGCCGACUCCCCGGCGGCGCUGGCCGGGCUGCGUUUCGGGGACCAGGUUCUGCAGAUCAACGGCCAGAACUGUGCCGGCCUGAGCGUGGACAAGGCCCACAAGGCCCUGAAGGCCGCGGCCGAGACCCGCAUCGAGCUGGUGGUCCGGGACAGGCCGUUCCAGCGCACCGUCACCAUGCACAAGGACAGCUCGGGCCACGUUGGCUUCAUCUACAAGUCGGGGAAGAUCACGUCUCUGGUGAAGGACGCGUCCGCCGCUCGCAACGGGAUGCUGACGGACCACUUCAUCUGUGAGGUCAACGGGCAGAACGUCAUCGGGCUCAAGGACUCUCAGGUCAAGGACAUCCUGACCACCUCCCCGGCCGCCAUGACCAUCACCAUCAUGCCCAAGUUCAUCUACGAGCACAUGGUCAAGAGGAUGUCUUCCGGCCUCCUGCGGUCGGCCAUGGACCACUCCGUCCCCGAGGUGUGAACACCUGGAGGUCUCUCUUUCUCUCUCUCUCUCUCUCUUUCUCUCUCUCUUCCUGUCUUCAUCCCACUUCCUGCAUCACAAUCAUCGCUGUCUUCAUUUCUCAUCUUUAACUUGUUUAAAUGCCUUCUCAGUUUAGUUUUGACCUUUUUCUACACCUCACGUCGGUUUACUUUGUACCCGUUGACCUCGUCGUCGAGUCUCCUACUUUUGUAUUUCAGUGUCUUUCUUUUAAAAUGUUUUUAUAAAGCCAUGCACGCCACCAUGAGUCCAGAGCUUCCGCCUCGUUGACGUUUCAUCUUGUCAAAAUGCUGUAAACCCCGAUAGUCCGUCAUCAGACCCCUAACCCCCCCCCCCCCAAAGUCCCUCUGCACUCGGCCCCGAAAUAACCUGAAUGAUCACCGGGGGCCUCGCCCGAGAAAAACAAGAUGAGACUCCAUUCUAGACUCCGGGGUCAUUUUUACUUUAGUUCAGACCGUUUGUUGGUAAAUAAAAUGUCUGUUGAUUCUGGGGUUGUUUUUAUGAUUAAUUUUAAUUCGUUAACUCGUGACUACACAGAACUUUCUGAGUGAAAACCUCGAGGUUCUGAUGUGUCGCAGUAGUCGGCGCCGGGGAGCGCCGCACAUUCCAGGGCAGGAGGAGUGUAGAGGGAAUAAAUAUAAAAGCGGCAGAUGUUUGGACUCUGCCCCGCCCCCUACGACUAGGCCCCGCCCCUAAGACUUGGCCCACCCCUCUCACUUGAAGGCCGGGGGUCUGGGUCGGGUCGGGGUCCGUGCUGGGCGGACCCACUAAGUGCACUUUCCAUGGCCUUGUUUAUUUGUUUAAAGGUUGUCCUUCCUGUCUCCAUGGCAACAGGGAAGCUCAGCAGCUGUUAUCUCUGAUCUUAGUAUUAUUAUUAUUAUUUUUCUGGUUCAACCACCGGAGCAAAGGCUGAAAAUCACCCGCUCACAGGGAGGAGGCCAGUAUAUGAUACUAUAUGAUAUUAUAUUAUACUAUAUGAUAUGAUGUCAUCUUCCUCCCGUGAUGACGAGCACAACAGGCUGACGGUUGUGAGUUUCUUGUCAUAUGAAAGUUGCUCCUCCUUUUAAUGCUGUUCAUGUUGGAGAUCUUUAGACCUUUAGUCCUUUAGACCUUUAGUCCUUUAGUUCUGAAGAACAAGCAUCUGUCAUCCUGUAAGAAAUUAAAGUUUAUAUUCGAAUGUAACCAACAUCACAUUGUAAAGCAAAUAAACAAUAAACAAGUCUUUCUGUUCACUUCA